GUCACGUGAUCAUCCUGCGCCGCUGCUGGGGCGACGCGCCUGACUCACAUGACUGCUGGAACAUUCCCGGUGUUGAUAUUGAGCGAGCGACGCUGGAAAGAAACACGCAAACACACAAGAAGAGCUCGGAAGUGACGGGUUUCACGGGAUAAAUCUCAAAAUACAGACGAGAUUGGAGGACUGCUGGGCUUUAUUUAUUUGUUUUUUUGUUGUUUGAGCAGCGCGUGACUCCGGGAGGUGUUUACUGUCCAUUUUUUUUAUUCUUCUCAUUAUUGUUAACAUCUGUGUGUUAAACCAUGACCCGCAAACUACACUCAGGCGUCGCCUUUGGCUGCUUUUUCAUGCUCGGCUGGCUGAGUGCGGCACACGCCGUGAUAUUGGAAGUAAAGAGCGGGAACUCGACCUGCAUCAAAGCAGACAUCUCGGCCAACUUUACCAUCACGUACCCCAUCACCAACGGGACGAACAAGGUGGUUGUACCGCUCCCGGAAUCGGCAGUCGUGGGAAAUACCAGCUCCUGCGGAGACGCGAAAAGCUCUGCAGACUUGGUGGUCAACUUCGGCGAUGGUCACUCUCUGGGUCUGGUGUUUUCCAGCGAUGGCCGCGUAUAUCGUGUGGCCAACCUGAGCCUGACCUACAACCUGAGUGACAGUGCCACCUUUCCCAAUUCAUCCAGCCAGGAUAUCAAGACAGUGUCUACAAACGUCUCUGAGAUCUCGGCAUCGAUGAACACCACCUACAGGUGUAAGAGCUCCAGUUCAGUCAGUUUGGGAGGCCCCGGAGUGACCAUUACCUUCUACAAUAUCCGCAUGCAGGCCUACAUGCCCAGCGCCAACCUGAGUACUAACGAGACUGUUUGUUCAGCUGAUGCUCCUCCCACAACUGCCGCACCCACAACCAGUGUCGCACCCACUACCACACCGGUCCCCCCAAGCAUCCCUGAGCAUGGCAACUAUAACUUGACAAACGCUAAUGGCACGUCCUGUUUCCUGGCCACAAUGGGGCUGCAACUGAAUGUGACCUAUUUCUCCAAAGCUCAGAAUAAAUCUGUCGUGGCGGUCGUGAACGUGCAGCCCAGCAAUAUGUCUUUUAGUGGUUCAUGUGAAGCCACAAAUGCUACUCUGUUGCUGACCGGAGAUCUCGCCAAUCUCACCUUCAUAUUUACACUGAACUCCACCACCAGUAAAUAUCACCUCAGCACCUUGAAGAUGUCUGCCGACUGGGAGGAUAUGACCGGUCCACUCACCGUCAGUAACAGCAGUCUGCAGUACAUGCGAGGGACCCUGGGCCGCUCCUACAUGUGCAGCGUUGAGGAGACUCUUACGGUGGUCAGCAAUUUCUCCCUGAACACCUUCGACCUGCAGGUGCAGCCCUUCGGGGUCCGCGACAACAAGUUUGGACCAGCUGAUGAGUGUCAGAUGCAGAAGGACAACAUGCUGGUGCCCAUCAUCGUCGGCGCCGCCCUGGCCGGUCUUGUCCUCAUCGUCCUCAUCGCCUACUUGAUCGGCAGGAAGAGGAGUCACGCGGGCUACCAGACUAUCUAAACCACUAUUCUCUCAUAUGGACUAUUUACUGCGUGUGUUCGAGAGUUUUUCAUUUUUUUGGGUUGUUCAACUUUUAUCUUCAUUCACUCACCUACUGUUGGAGUUUGUGGGGAAAAAAAAUAUCGAAAUAUUUCUUCCAGCUAUAUUUCACUGAAAUGUAGAUUUGCCAGAGAAAUCUGGCACUUGUACAGUAGGUGGCAGUGUAAACCUAAAUUAAGAGAAGACAUGUUGCCACUCUGGUGCCAUGUCUUCCUCCCCACUCGUAAUCCAGUAACACCCUCGUAACACCCUCGUAACACCCCCCCCC